AUGAACCAGACUCCUUAGAUAUUGGACACUAUUGUAAGGCUUCAAUUAUUUAUAGCAGACUGAUUAAGAUGCACUACAUAAGGCCUAAAAUUAAUUCUUAAAUCAAAAUAUAAAAACUGAGGAAUAAAGUCAAUCUUAAGUACCAAUAGCAAACUUUUAACCGUAAAACAACCAAUUUAAGCAGCCUCAAUUUAUGGUAGAAAUUGGAUUAAUUUCAGUUCGGACAAGGAAUGCCACCUGGAAUGCCACCAGGAAUGCCAUAAGGAAUGCCACCAGGAAUGCCAUAAGGAAUGCCACCAGGAAUGCCAUAAGGAAUGCCACCAGGAAUGCCACCAGGAAUGCCAUAAGGAAUGCCGCAAGGAAUGCCGUAGGGAAUACCAUAAGGAAUGCCACCAAUGUCAUAAGGAAUGUAGCCUCGGGCUAUGACAAUAGGAAUGCAAUCUGGAAUGCAAUCUGGGAUGCUUGGAAUGCCUCCUGGAAUGCCUCCUGGAAUGCCUGGAAUAAUUGGAAUGCCUAUGAUGCCACCAGGAAUGUCUGGGAUGCCAAAUUAAAUGCCAGCCAUGCCACCAGGAAUUAAUCCUCCAAAUAUGGGUAAUAACUUUAUUCAUUAAAACAAUACGCUGUAAUAUCCUCCACAAUCAUUUAAUCAACCUAAAUUUUCUGAUGACAGCCAGAUGUAAUUAAAGAAAGAAAUAGACAAAUUAAAAAAUGAAAUAACUACUAAUGAAGAUGAAAAGUAAAAAAUGGAAAAUGAGUUCAAAAAGAAAAUCCAACAAUUAAAUGAACUGAAUAAUAAAUUAACAAGAGAUUUUGAUGAGUAGAAAUUCGAACUACAAAAUUAAUUUAAAAAAAAAGAGGAAGAAAAAGAGAGUUUAGAAAAAUAAUACAAAGAAAAUAUCAGAAUUUUAUAAUAAAAGAUUAGUUAAUAGGAAAUAGACCAUAAAGAUAUUGAGAAACAAAACUAAGCAGAGAUAAAAAGAUAUAAGACAGAAGUUGAAAACUUAAAAAGCUAAAUCCAGCAAUUAUAAGAAGCCAGUAAUAAUAAUUAAAAAUAAGCAAUUUAAUAUAACUAGUCAAAUGAUGAAUUGCAAAAAUAAAAAAAAUUAAAUUAAGACAACUUAGCUCAAAUCAAAUAAAAAGAUUUAGAGAUUGCAUAGCUAAAUCAAUUGAUCUAAAAUUUAAAAUAACUCAAACAGAAUGACUAAAAUCAAGAGUAAUCGGCUAAAAUUACAAAGUUGUAAAAAGAGAUAUCUGAAUGUGCUGAGACUAUAAAUCAAUUAAGCUAAGAGAAUAAGCAUUUAAACAGUUAAAAAAAUGAUAUUGAAAAUGAAAAUAAAAACCUAUUAACAGAAUUAGAAAUUAUUCAAAUAGAAAUUAAAAAGUAUAAAAGUAUAGAAUAAUUUCUAUAACAAUAAAUAGAAGAUUAGGGUAGAACAAUUAAUGAACUAUGCAAAAAAAAUUAAAUUGAUAAUGCAAAAGAAUAUGAAAAUUAAUUGAAGGAGAUUAAAGAAAAUAGAGAAAUGAAAAAUAAAAGCGAAUAGGAAAAGUUCAGCAUUGAAAAAGAAAGAAUACUAUAAAGGCAACAAUAAGAGUUAUAAAAAUAGAAAUAACUAAAUCAGCAAGGAAAAAAAAAAAUGUAUGAGCUUGUAAGAAAAGCUGGUUAAAUUUAAUGUUGCUUUGUAAUAGAUUUAUUUAAGUAAUUUUUAUUGAUAUAUAUAGAUCAAAUGAAAGAGUAGGAAAUGCUAUCAUAAAAGCCACAGAAACAUGUUGCUCCUUAAUUAAAAGUACAACAAACAGAGAUUCGUCUUGGGGUGCAGUUUUAUAUGGCUAUUUAAAGAAUAAGUUAGAAAUUUCUACUCAAAAAUUUACAUAAUCUGCUGAUGUGUUAUCAGGGUUUUUAAAAAGAUAAAAAUAUAUAAAUAAUCCAAAAGAUUAGCCAGAAGAUUUAAAGUCUGCUUUGACAGAAGUGCUAAAACUUGACUGGUAGGAAAAAUAUAAACUAGCCAUUAUAAUUGCUAAUUCUCCUUGCCAUGGAAAAAAAUACCAUAAUCCAAAAAAAUAUUAUAAAUUUUUAGGUUUAUGGUCUGUUGAGUAUGAUACAAAGCCAAAUGACGAUAUUGAAGAAGUUAUAAAAGAAGUAGUUAAAAGGGACAUUGUUGUGUUAGUAAUUAGGUUUAAUGAUGAUACGAAAGUAAUGUGCAGCGAAUUAGAAAAAGUAUAUGCCAAACUUAGUUAUCCUUAACUAUUUCAUACGCUUUCAGUUAAAGGCCUUGAUUAAAAAAAUUCAGAUCAUGAACUUGUAAUGUAAAUUUAGAAAAUGGCUGCCUUUAUAAUAGGAACAGAUAAUAAAAUGACAAAAACUAAAAUCAAUUAAUAACUAAGGUUGUAAAAUUUUGAAGCAGGUUAAAAUGACAUGAAAAAUUUGAAAGUUGAAGUUGUUGAGAUAAAUAAUGAAAUUCAAAAAGAAAUUUAAAAACAAGGAGAGGGAAAACAAAAAGAUAGUUAAUAAGUUUCAGUCAAAGAGGCAAUCGAAGAUUAAAAAAACUAUGAAGAACUUAUUUAAUAAGCAAAACAAAAGUAAGAUGGUGCUUUGUAAGCUCUAUGUAAUAAAGGAGAUAUUUCUAAAUUCGAAGAAAAAGUUAAAUGUGAAAGUUUUCGUUGCAAAGUUUAUAAAGUUGAUCUUAAAUAGGAAUCAUUUAAAAAGAAAAUAGAAAAUAUUGAAUCAAUUAAAUAUGACUAAAACGAUUUUGAGUUAAUUUAAGAAAAUGAAUGGGAUUGUAUAAGAACUUAAAAUCCUUUUGCCUAUGGAAUGAUGAAGGCUGUGUAUUUAAUGAAAAAAAAAAACAAUUCAGAAGAAAUUUAUGUUGUAAAAACCCCAAUUAUAAAUGGGAUUUAUAAGUCAAAAGCAUUAGCUGUUGAUGAUUGCCGAUCACAUUUAAUUGCUAAAAAUUUAAUGAAAGAAUUUAUGGAUUAAGUCAGAAGUAAAAAUAAUGGCAUUAGAGAAGUGUAAUACACAGACUUUUUGUUGUUGGAAGAAAAUUAAAGUAUAUUUAAUUAUAAUUUAGAUAAAUACUGGAUUGCUGAAAGAUUCUUUAAAGGUACUUUUGAAAAAUAUAAUAACAAUGAUGGUUUCAUAAAUGAUUCUAAAUCCUAACUGAACUCCAUUUCUUAGGCUUUCUCAUACUUUACAUAUUUGAGGAGUUCAUUCAACUACAUUGUUAAUGAUAUUUAAGGUGUUGACAUUUAUUUUACAGAUCCUGCUAUUAACACUAUUAACGGUAUGAAAGACAAAAAUAAUUUUAGGAAAUUUUGAUGAAACUGAUGUUGGAGAGGAUGGCAUUUCAAGUUUUUUGGCAACAUUAUAAUUGAAAAAGGACUUAUGUUAAGACUUGCUAAAGUCCAUUGAUAUUGAAAUUGAUUGAUACUAAGAUUCAUUGAAAUUAAUUGUUAUAAACAUAACCUUAAUAUGAG